AUGAGCCUUGUAGGGCGCCUGGUCCCUCAGCUUUAUUCAAUCCAGGAACACCAAGGGACGAGCUCUCUACCUGACAUGAGAGGGCCAAUCUUGCAAGGUACCGGCAGCCAAGGUCGCAAGGUCGAAUGGAUAUCAGCCAACACGUUGUACUUGCUCACACUCCACAGCUGGCAUAAUGAGCGUCCCCGUACAUGUAGCGCCAGGGGUAUCUUUCUCUGGGGUGAAGGACAAAUCAAGGGUCCUGAUUUCCCACCGGGGAGACACUGUCUCUCACCUCAGCCUCAAAAUGGGGAUAUGGAGAUGAUUGCCGUGCUAUCACUCGUCCGCGGCCGGUACGAAGGAUUUAUCCCAGAGAUUACGGGUCCCCACCCCCACUUUGGCAUGCACGGGCUGUUCCAAACCUGA